AUGUCUCCCAGCAAGGUUCCCCCGCAAGGCAUCUGGGCCCCAGCGGUAACCCUCUUCAACCCAGAGACAGACGAGCUGGACCUCGAAGCACAAGCAAAAUACUACGCCUACCUCUCCACGACGGGCCUCGCCGGCCUCGUCAUCCUCGGCACAAACGCCGAACAAUUCCUCCUGACCCGCGAAGAGCGCAAGGCCCUCAUCGCCACCGCCCGCAAGGCCACCGGCCCAGACUUCCCCAUCAUGGCCGGCUGCGGCAUGCACUCGACAAAGCAGGUCCUCGAACUCCUCGCCGACGCAAAAGAAGCCGGCGCCGACUCGGCCCUCGUCCUACCCCCGGCCUACUUUGGCAAGCAAACCACCCCGCAGGUCAUUGACCGCUUCUUCGACACCAUCGCGGACAAGACCCCGCUCCCCAUUGUCAUCUACAACUUCCCCCUCGUCUGCAACGGCAUCGAUCUCGACAGCAGCACCAUUGCCAAGCUGGCCAAGAAGCACGACGCCAUCGUCGGCGUCAAACUCACCUGCGGCGCCGUCGCCAAAAUCGUCCGCCUCGCCGCCGAGCUGCCGGCCGACACGUUCGCCACCUACGGCGGCCAGUCCGACUUCUUGCUCGGCGGUCUCGCCUCGGGCAGCGCGGGCUGCAUCGCGGCGUUUGCCAACGUCUUCCCCCGCGUCACGGUGCAGAUUUACAAGCUGCACGGCGAGGGCAAGCACGCCGAGGCCAUUGCGCUGCACCAAAAGGCCGCCCUCGCCGAGCAGGCGACCAAGGCGGGCAUCGCGACCGUCAAGUACGCCGCGUCCGUGUACACGGCGCCGCGGGCCGGUCUUCAGGGCCAGGAGAAGCUUUUUGCGCCGCGCAGUCCGUACGCCGAGGCCAGCGAGGAUCAGAAGAAGACUGUGCACGCUUUGAUGGAUGAGUUGAACAAGCUUGAGGAGGAGCUUGCUGGUUCCAGCUGA